AUGGAGGCGCUCGGUGCCAUUGGCCUUGCAGCAUCUGUGGUCGGCCUUCUAGCUACUGUUAGCGGCGUGUCGGGGCGAUCGCGGCGCUUACGGCAUGAUGAGCCAUCGACAUCGUUUGGUAUUGAGGUUUUGGAUGAUGGAUCUGAAAACCCCGUUGCUGACAUUUGCUUCGUCCACGGUCUGAAUGAGGAUCGAGUCUCAGCGUGGCUGUCGACCAACUCGGGGGAUGAAGACCAGUUCUGGUGGCCCAAGACCCUCCAGGAAAAGAUCCACGCCCGCAUCCUUCUAUAUGGCUACAGCACUGUGGCACCAACAGCUGAAUACCUCGCUCGUCGAACGCUAUACCACCAGGCUGAGCACAUGGUGGAAAGCCUCGCUGAUAGCCCGGAGCCAAACAGUCCCGCCCGGGCCAUUGUGCUCUCGACCGCGGGUAUUGUCUUUCUAGGGACGCCACACAAAGUACACGGCUACCUUAGUUCGUCGUCUGACAGUGUUCUGAAAAAUAUCGCCAGAGUCAGUGGCUUGAAUGGAAAAAUUCUGGAUCAUCUCAAUAAGGAGAGCAGCGCACUUCAGAGUUACUUGGAACCGUUCAGUGCCCUGAGCACCGAAAUUCCCAUGGCAGGAUUCUUUGAGUCGCGGGGUUCUGGGUCUCUCGGCCUUAUCGUCUCUUCUUCAAUGGCCGUUCCGGGUACUGAGCACUAUUUUCUGGACUCGAAUCAUGCCAACCUAGGGAAGUUCCAGGGCUAUGACGACCACGGUUACCGCAGGGUAGCUUCUGUUAUCCAAGAGAUGUGUCAGAAAGCUACGUCACUAGUCGAUAAGAACUGGGAGAAAUACCAGCAGCGCAAUGAGCCAAAUGCAUAUGGGGGAAAUGACGAAAGACAAGAUGAUUUCCGGGUUCCUCUGCGCCUACUACCUCCAGCCCCCUGGUUCAUCGGCAGAGACGACGCGCUCGAAUGGAUUGAAAAAUCUCUCUUGGGGGAUUAUAGCGAUGGCAUUUGCCGACAGAUUCUGCAACCGUUUCAGCGCAGUCUUCUGGAUCCCCUCUCAGACGCAUACCACUAUCGAGCAGGAGUAUCUUCAGAUAGCGCGUACCUUCCAGUUACCAACCUUCGAAGCGCGAGACGGAAGCUCGGGACGCGAAAUGGCGUAUUGGUGCUGGAGUGGCUUAACAGAAGCCGCAACACCAACUGGCUGCUCAUCUUUGACGACGUCGAUCUUUCUGCUGCGCCAGAUUUAAAAGAGCUGAUCCCAAGCACGGCCUGCGUCCACGGCCAUGUAAUCCUCACCUCGAGAGCCCCAUUGAAACUGCCCUUCGCAAAGAUGUACCUUGUUGAUCCUCUGCGUGUGGAUGAAUCGAGGGCGCUUUUGAAGAAAUCUCUGGGCCCUUCUUAUUCAUAUGACUCGGAUUUGGAUAAGAUUUCAAAGGCCUUAGGUGGGCUUCCUCUCGCACUCUCAAUGGCAGCCGAGGUCAUGAAGAGAACGGAGAUGUCACCCAGAGAGUACUUAGAAGCAUACGACAAAACAAGAUCCGAAAUCCUCUCAGAACAUUUCCCAGGGAACGAAAUUAUGAGCACCAUUUUGGCGGAGUCCGUCGAGAAGAUCCCCAAGCACGCAGCGAAGCUACUUUUCUCCAUGUGCUGCGAGCUCUCUCUGAAUCCGAUUCCAUUGUGGAUCUUUGAAGGUUCGACAUCUUUCAGUUCCAAAAGGAUUCUUCGAGAGUCCAUCUCCGCACUCGAGAGCUUAAGUCUCAUAGUUCGCCCGCUGCCUCUAGCCCAUAUACAGGUCCACAGCUUUGUACGCGAAUCUGGGCGGAUCAUGCUCCCAACAGAUCUACAAGAUGACGCACGUCGUGAGUUGUGCGAGACCGCGUCAUACGUCGUAGUCUCCCUCCACCAGCCUGUGGCAAGGUUCCUCGCACCUGCUAACGACGGUACUUCCAGUUUUGAGAAGGAGCUCGUUGAGCUCAUUGUCGACAUUCUCCGUAUAAUUCGGGACCUGCAGAUCCCUUGGCGAAAAUGGGAUGUCAACCUAGAGGAGCUUGGCAGAGUUUGCCAGGCACAUGGGAAGUUCUCCGAGGCCACCGAAUUCUACGAACUAUGCCUGGAGAGGAACAAAGGCACCGAAGCAUCGAUGUCGCGAGUAAAGAUCAGACGAACUCUAGCGCAACGCCGUGCCAGAGAAGGUUUGGGGAUUGGGCCCGAUUCUAAGGAGAAGAGCCUUCGCGAGCAGUUCCAGGAGGCGGUAGAAGCGGCACACGACGAAGAGUCUCUCCAGGACCUGAAGUCGCUCAAUCGCGAACAGGAUGACCCCGACCAAGAGCUGGAGGUUCUUCGGAUGAUUAUCGAUGCGCAGGAGCUCCUCUUUGGGCCCAUGAACCCGUCGACGCUCGAAUCCAUCCAAGAGCUUUCUCUCCGACUGGUCGAGCACGGCCUCUUGGAAGAGGCAGAGGCCAGACUACGUCGCGUCCUGACGUCCUACGGCAUGUUGUACGGUACACACCACCCGAGCACGACUCGCGUCGAAGAGCGCUUGGCCUCCGUCUGUGCACUGCUGGGCAAGCUGGACGAAGCCGAGGCCAUCUGCAAGGACGCAAUUCACGAUUAUGAGAUGCGCCUUGGUCGAGACCAUGCUUCUACACAAAAGUGCCUGGCGCAACUAGCAUUCACGUAUUAUCUCCAAGAGCAUUACGAGGAUGCAGAGCCGCUGUUUGUUCACGCCAUCGACACCCUUUCCAGGACGGCAGGACCUCAUCACCCCGACGUCCUGCGGGUCCAGCACAACUACGCCCUCAAUCUGAGGAAAUUGGGAAGGGCCCGCGAGAGCGAACAGUUGCUGGAGGAUGUAUUGAGUCGCAUGGAGUCGCAGCCAGAGAGACACUCCAUGAGCGUGAGGCGGAGAACGGCAAUGUAGCUGUUCCGGGAGAUCAAGGAAGAUUCGACUGUGCCUUCCGAUCUUGUCUCCUGCUGUUCCUCCAGAUACAAUUGCUGCCGGAUAUCUGGCGGCACGUCAUCAUGAUCGGCAAGGACAACCCCCAUUGGCGACAUGUUCGAUCAGACUUCGGAAGUGCGGCGCCCUCAGCCUGUAAUGCUUCUUCCCGUCUGGGUCGAUCCAGCAAUGUGGACCGAUCACACGAGCCCGGACAGCGGAAGAUUGUGUACAACUCUCUGCCAUACUGCAGGCUGACCCGAAGCCGCUUCUUCGGCAUUGAGAUGCCUUUCUCGUUACGCAAGCAUAAUCCCCGUUGCCGAUGUCGAGCCCCUCUUCUCGCCUCUCCGUGG